UCUAAGCCUACUGUGAAGCAUAUAGCAGAAUAAUUAUGUCAUAAUGAUAAUCUAAAAAAUGGGUUUCCUGAGAUCAAAUCUUCUUCACAAUGAAGUCAUGUAUGAUAAAGAAAAGAACAUCAUCAAUGGCAGUGUUAUUGUCCCAAAUCACAACCAUGAAGUUGAUCUUAUGGUACUUGGUUGUGGCACUUUGGUGCUUCUGCAAAGAUGUGGAAGCCUUACUUUACCGACAAAAAUCAGAUGGUAAAAUAGCAGCAAGCAGAUCAGGUGGCUUCUCUUAUGGUAGUUCAUCCUCUGGUGACUUGGACAGAAAAAAGCCACUCUUUAGCUUGGAAUUUGGUUCUCCAGGAGAGACUGAAGACAAGCCCAGACAACGUCAGGAUGCUGGGAGUUCAAAGUCAGAAGACACCCCAGCAGGUGGCUUUUUUCACAGAAGUUCAUCCUCCGGUGACUCAGACAGGAAAAAGCCAUUCUUUAGCUUAGGACUUGGUGCUCCAGGAAAGGCUGAAGACAAGUCCGGAGACAGUCAGGAUGCUGGAAGUUCAAAGUCAGAAGACACCCCACCAGGUGGCUUUUUUAAUGGUAGUUCAUCCUCUGGUGACUCAGACCAAAAAAAGCCACUCUUUAGCUUUGAAUUUGGUGCUACAGGAGAGGAUGAAGACAAGUCCAGAGAACGCUGGGAUGCUGGGAAUUCAAGGUCAGAAGACAGCCCAGCAGAUAGCACCAACACAAGAUAUGGUGCUGACUUUAGUAGCAGUGGUGCCUCUCUGGAUGUGGGAUUUGGUUGGGGGAUAUCUGAUGAAAAGGGAUUGGAAGUCAGUAAAGCUGAUGGGAGAGAAACUAGAGGCAGUGGAUCUGCUGGGGGUGAAACCAUAGUCUUUGGACCUGAUGCAGGUAGCUCAGUUGGAACUGGUUCUUCUGGUUUGAAACUUGGAGCAGGGAAAGGUGAUGCUGCAUUUAGUUUUGAAGUUUCUGAUUCGAAUUCAUUUGGUGACACUGGCAUUAGUAGCAAAACAGUUGAAGGAACUCAAACGAGUAGUUCUGGAGGAUCUGUUUCCAUUGAUCUAGGUGAUACCAGUUUCAGAAGUGAGAAUCAAUUUGUUGGUGGUGGCUCUCUAAAUUCGAUAUCCAAUUUAUGGGAUUCUGGUCAAGAGGGAUUUGGAAUCAAUGAAAUUGGAGGGAAUGGAAUGAGUGGCAGUGUACCUGCUAAGGCUGGAUUCAAAGGUUUUGGAUCUGAUUCAAGUAGCUCAGGUGAUUCAAGUGCAAGAAAUGGGUUUGAAAAUUCUAGUGGUAUCUCUGAAGAUUCAGGAGUCAUAUUGGGGUCAUCUGAUCAACAUGAAGUUGAACUCAGUAGAACUGGUGGGAAUAGAAAGAGAAACAGUGAACCUGCUGAGGCUGGAAACUUGAGUCCUGGAUCUGAUGUCAGUGACUCAGGAGGAAACACUUGGUCUUCUGAUUCUGGAAGUGGUGGAGGAAGUAAGAGUGCAGAUGGACUUGGUGUUGGUGCUUCUGGACUAAAGGAAUUUGGUGAAACUGGCCUUAGUGGUUCAGGUGUCACAAGCUCGUCUGAAUAUAGUACGUCUGGACCACUCAGUACUCCAGAAAAAGGAUCCCACAUUCCAGAAGCAACUCCAAAAUACUCAGAAACAAAUGCAAUUAUUGGUGAAAUAUCUACCUGGAGCAAAGGAGCAUAUAAAUCUUUCAACGGCCGCAUCUUUUUCUUUGAAUCUUCAUGCCCGUACACUUUCUGCCGUCACUGCGUUGAAUCUGGAGGGGAUUUCAAUAUUGAGAUCAAACGAAACAAUGAUAGUGAGAUUGAAAAAAUAACAGUUCUAAUUGACAAUAACGACAUCUCUAUUUUUGGUGACACCAUUUUAGUUAAUGGAGAAAGUGUACAUAUACCAUAUAACAAUAAGUUGAUUCACAUAAAAAAAUAUGGAGAACAUAAUGUUCUGAAUAGCCGUAGAGGAAUCCUGACUUUAAUGUGGGACAAAAAUAACAAACUCUCACUCACUCUUCACAAGCAGUAUCCAACUUGUGGUCUUUGUGGUAACUUCAACAGCACUCCAGGGCAAGAUAUUAAUGAGCACAUUGCCAAUAGUAAAAUUCCUGGUGAUUGUCCCAAUGCUGUUGGUAAAAGCUAUGAAGUUUGUGAAGAUGGAAUACAGCACUGUAACAAAAUUAUUGGAACCUACUUUGAGAAAUGUGGAAAGGUUGCUGCUCUAUCCAAUGACUACAAAAUGAUCUGCAUUGAUGAAUACUGCCAAACUAGAGACAAAACAUCUACAUGUGACACUUAUUCAGAACUGUCCCGCCUCUGUGCCUCAGAUGGUCCUGGCACCUUUGAAUCCUGGCGAAGCGAUUCCGAUGUGGUUUGUGAAACACAAAGAUGUCCAGAACAACAUAUCUACAAAGAAUGUGGACCCUCCAACCCUGCAACUUGUUCUAAUGUGGCUCCUUUUCAAGACAGUGAAUGUGUGAGCGGCUGCACCUGCCCAGAAGGUUAUCUGUUGGAUGACAUUGGAGAGAAAGGAAAAUGUGUAUUAAAAGCUGAAUGUCCCUGUGAAUCCAGUGGAACAGUGUAUCAGCCAGGAGAAGUCCGAGAAGGUCCUUGUGGUUCUCAGUGCACAUGCCAAGAUGCCAAGUGGUCUUGCACCGAAGCAUUAUGCCCUGGAAGAUGUAAGGUGGAAGGAAGUUCCCUUACCACCUUUGAUGGUGUUAAGUACGACUUUCCUGGAAACUGCCACUUCCUGGCCAUUCACAAUGAAGAUUGGUCUAUUAGUGUUGAGCUCCGUCCGUGCCCAAGUGGUCAGACAGGAACGUGCUUAAAUAGCGUUACACUUCUCUUGAAUUCUUCUGUUCCAGUUGAUAAAUACAUAUUCAACAGUGAUGGAACAGUCACAAAUGACAAGAUUAGAAAUCAAGGUUAUUACUAUUCAGAUAAAAUACAGAUACUCAAUGCAUCUUCCUCAUACCUUCAAGUAGAAACAUACUUUCAUGUGAAACUACAAAUACAAAUUGUUCCUGUGAUGCAAUUGUAUGUUUCUAUGCCACCCAACCAAUUCACAGACACUGUGGGACUCUGUGGUUCCUACAACAACAAAGCAGAGGAUGAUUUCAUGUCAAGUCAGAAUAUAUUGGAGAAGACAUCUCAGGCAUUUGCUAACUCUUGGGAAAUGAUGUCCUGUCCUAAAGGAAACCCCUCUUCAUGUAUUAGUAUAGAAAAAGAAAAAUUUGCUGAAAGGCACUGUGGAAUUCUUCUUGAUUCAAGUGGGCCUUUUGCUUCCUGCCACCCAAUUGUGAACCCUAAACCCUAUCAUGAGGAAUGCAAAAAAUAUACUUGCACUUGUGAAAACAGUCAGGACUGCCUAUGUACAAUUUUAGGCAACUAUGUGAAAGCGUGUGCUGAGAAGGAAACAUACAUAGUGGGAUGGAGAACUGGCCUAUGUGAACAUUCUUGCCCAAGUGGCCUAGUGUUCAAGUACAAUGUAAAAGCCUGUAAUAGUUCUUGCCGAUCCUUGUCAGAAAGAGAUAGGAGCUGUGAUGUAGAAGAUGUUCCAGUUGAUGGAUGCACCUGCCCUGAUGAAAUGUACCAGAAUAAUGAAGGAAACUGUGUACUGAAAUCUCAGUGUGACUGUUACAUAAAUGACGAGGUCAUGCAACCAGGCAAACUCAUCCAUAUUGAUGACAAUAAAUGCGUCUGUCGGGAUGGAAUUCUUCUUUGCCAGAUUCCCAUUGAUUUAACCCUACAAAAUUGUUCUGGAGGGGCUGAGUAUGUAGACUGCAGUGAUCCCAAGGCACAGAGAAGAACCGACAGAACAUGCAGUACUCGGAACAUACCUGUUUUUGAUGAGAACUUGCCUUGCAAACGUGGGUGCUUUUGUCCAGAAGGAAUGGUUCGAAAUUCUAAAGGGAUAUGUGUCUUUCCUAAUGACUGUCCAUGCUCUUUUGGUGGACGAGAAUAUGAUGAAGGAAGUGUCACUUCUGUUGGCUGCAAUGAAUGUACCUGCAUUAAAGGGUCUUGGAGUUGUACCCAAAAUGAAUGUCAAACCAUCUGCCACAUCUAUGGGGAAGGUCAUGUUAGAACUUUUGAUGGGAAGAGUUACAGUUUUGAUGGUCUCUGCCAGUAUUCAUUUCUUGAGGAUUAUUGUGGUCAUGAAAAUGGCACAUUUCGUAUUUUAACGGAGAGUGUUCCAUGCUGUGAAGAUGGGCUAACGUGCUCAAGAAAAAUUAUAGUUGCUUUUCAGGAUCAGAAUAUUGUCUUGCAAGAUGGUAAAGUAACAGCAGUCAAAUCUACAGAAAGUAAGAAAUGUGAACUCAAUGCAAAUGCAUACUCCAUACAUACUGUUGGCCUGUACUUAAUUCUGAAAUUUCAAAAUGGAAUAAUCGUGAUUUGGGACAAAAAUACAAGACUGUCUGUUAUUCUGGAUCCAAACUGGAAUGGCAAAGUGUGUGGUCUUUGUGGAAAUAACAAUGGUGAUCUCAAGGAUGAUUUCACAACAAGAUACUCUUCAGUAGCUUCUGGAGCACUGGAAUUUGGGAAUAGUUGGAAAACAAGCCAAGAAUGUUCAGAUACAGUGGCUCAGACUUUCCCAUGUGAUUCAAACCCAUACUGUAAAGCCUGGGCUGUGCGGAAAUGUGAAAUCCUCAGAGACAGCACCUUCAGAGACUGCCACAACAAGGUUGACCCCAGUGCUUACUAUGAUGCAUGCAUUGAAGAAGCCUGUGCAUGUGACAUGGAGGGGAAGUACCUGGGAUUCUGCACUGCCGUGGCUAUGUACGCAGAGGCGUGUAGUGCAGUUGGAGUCUGUGUCUCAUGGAGAAAACCAAAUCUGUGUCCUGUCUACUGUGAUUACUACAAUGCGCCUGGGGAAUGCAGAUGGCAUUAUGAACCUUGUGGCACAGUGACUGCAAAAACAUGCAAAGAUCAGCUCGUUGGCCAGAAAUUUUCUUCACUUUUAGAAGGUUGUUAUGCUAAGUGCCCAGAUAGUGCUCCUUACCUGGAUGAGAACACCAUGAAAUGUGUCGGUUUAUCUGAGUGCAGCUGUUUCUAUAAUGAUGUCAUACCAGCAGGGGGAGUGAUUGAAGAUAAUUGUGGAAGAACAUGCUACUGUAUUGCAGGGCAGUUGGUGUGCAGUGAAACUGCUCCUACCAAUUCAACAUUUGCAGUUUCCACUACAACAGCUACCACCAUAUUAAGCACCGGAGCAGCAAUUACACUGGUUACCGGUGGCCCAAGCACAGCAGCAUCCAUUCCAGCAAUUACAACAUCAAGCAGUGAAACAACAGGAACAACUCUAGGUCCUCUCACCGAACCUUUUACUACAGGCAUUACUGAAACUUCAGCUCCCAUCAUCUCAACAUCUGGAAAUGCAGGCAUGACAGGAGUAGUGAGCUCCACCGUCACUGGUGCUUCAGGCAUGGCAGGAACAACUGGAGGAGUGGAUGCAGCCACCACUGGAGCUGCUAGUGAAAAUACAUCUGAGAGAGCAGGCACACCGAGGGUAUCUGGAGCAACCCCUGCAGUCGGAAGUGGCAGUACCCCUGGAGAAGCAGGCCCUGGAGCCACAGUUUCUGGAAGUACAGGAGUUUCUGCAGGCUCCACCACUGCCAGCCCUGGAGCCUCAGCCACAACCUCUGAAAGCAGCAAAUCAGGAACUACUGGACCCUCAGUGGGUGGAAAAACUGGAGCCACAAGCAGUGAAGCGACAUCAUCUGAAGGCAUGUCAGGUGUAACAGGACAGUCUCUUGGAUCUACUGCUGGAUCUGACAGUGAAAUCACAGCUAAAACAUCUUUCACUGGUUCCAGUCCACCUGGGAAACUCACCAGGCCAAGCCCGGGCUCACCUGGUCACUUUAGUGGUGGAACAACUGAAGGGGGAAAUGUAGCCACCACUGGAGCUGCUGGUGAAAACACUUCUGGAGCAUCAGGUUCAGCAGAAGGGUCUGUGGAAGCCACCACCAGCGCAGGCAGUGGAAACACAGCUGGAACAUCAGGUACUGGGGACACUGGCCCUGGAAACACAGCAGUCUCAGGCACACCUGUGGUAUCACCUGGAGCAACUCCUGGAGCUCCAGGUAGCAGCACCCCUGGGGAAGCAGACAUUGGAACCACCAGUUUUGGAAAAUCAGGGACCCCAACAGUAUCUGCUGCCUCAACUACCAGUAGCCCUGUGAGUAAACACACCGAUGCAGCCUCAGCCACAGCAGUGACAAUCUCUGGAAGCAAACCAGGUACACCUGGAACACCAGGUGGUGCAACUAGUGGAGGCAAAAUUACAUCUGGAUGGUCCAGCAGUGGCGCCAGCACGGGCUCUUCAAAUACACCAGGGGCAACUGGAUCAUCGACCGGACAGACAGAGACAAGUGGACCAUCAGCUAAAGUAACAGGGAAUUAUGGACAAUCAUCUGAAAUACCAGGGACAAUUAAAUCAUCAUCUGAUGUUUCAGGGACAAUGGGGCAAUCAGAUGCAACAUCUGGACCAUCAGUUGCAGUGACAAGCACUUCUGAACAAUCGUCAGGAGUCACGGUGGCAUCUGAACCAUCAGUUGGAGUAUCAGGGACAACUGGACCAUCAGCUGAAAUAUCAGGGACAACCAGACCAUUAGUUUCAGGGUUAAGGACAACUGGAUCAUCAGCUGAAGGAUCAGGGACAACUGGACCUUCAUCAAGAGAAUCAGUGACAACUAGACCAUUAGCUGAAGGUUCAGGGACAAGUGGACAAUCGGUUACAGGAUCAAGAGCAACUGGAUUAUCAGCUACAGAAUUAGGGACAACUGUAUCUUUUACUGGAGGAUUGGGUACAAGUAGAUCAUCUGCUAGAGAAACACGGACAACUGGACCAUCAGCUGAUGGGUCAGGAACAACUGGACCAUCUGUUGUGAGAUCAGGGACAACUAGAUUAUCAGUUGGAGUGACAAGAGCAACUGAAUCAUCACCUGGAGUGACAGGAACAACUACACCAUCAGCUGAAGAAUCCAGGACAACAGGACCAUCUGUUCUAGUGACAGGAACAACUGGACAAUCAGGCCAAGGAUCAGGGACAACUGGAAAAUCUUUUAUAGAAUCAGGACCAUCUGUUGUAGGAUCAGGGACAACUGGACCAACAUCUGCAGGAUUAGGAACAACUGUACCAUCAACCAGAAGAUCAAGCACAACAAAACCAUCAGUUGGAAGAACUGGGACAACUGGACAAUCAGGUGCAGAAUCAGGAACAACUGAACCAUCAGCUAGAGUGACAGAUGUAACUGGAACAUCAGCUGAAGUAUCAGGAAGAAUUGAACCAUCAGCUACAGAAUCAGGUACAAGUAGACCACUAGGUGAAACAACAGGGACAACUAUACCAUCAACGGAAGGAUCAGAGGCAACUGGACCAUCUGUCAUUGGAUCAGAAACAACUAGACUAUCAGUUAUAGGAUCAGGGACAACUGGAACUUCAUCUGGAGGUUCAGGUGCAACAAGAUCAUCAGGUGGAGGAAUGGGGACAACUGGACAAUCAACUGCAAGAUCAGAAACAACUGGACCACUUUUUGGAUGGACAGGAACAUUUGGGCAAUCUGCUACAGUGACUGAGACAUCUUCAAAUUCAGCUGGAGUGACAACAUCUGAAAAAUCACCUGGAGUGGCAAUGACAACAGGACUGUUGGUUGAAGGAUCAGCUACAACUCAACCACGUAUUUUAGAAUCAGAAACAACUGAAUCAUCAGCUGGAGUGAUAGUGACAUCUGGACAAUCAGCCAGAGUGACUGGGGCAACUGGACCAUCAGCUGGAGAGACAGGAACAACUGAACCAUCAACUGAAGGAUCAAUUGCAACUGUAUUAUUUGUUAUUGGAUCAGAAACAACUAGACCAUUAGAUAUAGGAUCAGGGACAACUGGAACUUUAUCUGGAGGUUCAAGUACAACAAGAUCAUCAGAUGGAACAACAGGGACAACCAGAAAAUCAACUGCAAGAUCAGAAACAACUGGACCACUUUCUGGAUUGACAGGAACAUCUGGGCAAUUGGCUGGAGUGACUGGGACAUCUUCAAAAUCAGCUGGAGUAACAGUGACAUCUGAAAAAUCAGCUGGAGUUGCAGUGACAAUAGGAUCAUUUGUUGAAAGACCAGUCACAACUGGACCACCUCUUUUAGAAUCAGAGACAACUAGACCAUCAGGUGGAGUAACAGUGACAUCUGGACAAUCAGCCAGAGUGACUGAAACAGUUGGAGCAUCAGCUGGAGUGAUAGGAACAACUGGACCAUCAACUGAAGGAUCAGGGGCAACUGGACCAUCUGUUGUGGGAUCAGGAACAACUAGACCAUUAGCUGGUGAAUCAGGUACAACUGAGUCAUCAGCUGGAGUGACAGGGACAAGGCCAUCAUCAUCAAGAGAAUCAGCAACAACUGGACCAUCAGAUGAAGGAUCAGGAACAACUGGACUAUCCGCUGGAGUGACAGUGACAUCUGGACAAUCAGUUAGAAAGACUGGGACAACUGGAGCACCAGCUGGAGUUACAGAAACAACAAGACCAUCUGUUGUCAAAUCAGGGACAACUGGACCAUCUGUUAUAGGAACAAGGACAACUGGAACUUCAUCAGGAGGAUCAGGUGCAACAAGAUCAUCAGGUGGAGAAACAGAGACAACUGGCCAAUCAGCUGUAAAAUCAGGGACAACAGAAUCAUUUACUAGGUUGACAAGAACAUCUGGGCAAUCAGCUGGAAUGACUGGGACAUCUGCACAAUCAGCUGGAGUGGCACUAACAAGUCCUUUUGUUGAAGGAUUAGUGACAACUGGAUCAUCUACUGUAGGAUUAGAGACAACUAGAUCUUCAGCUGUAGGAUCAGGAACAACUGGACCUCCUGUUGUAAAAGCACAGACAACUGGACCAUCAGCUGGAGUGACAGUGACAUCCAGACAAUCAGCUAGAAUGACUGGGGCAAGUGGACCAUCAGUAGGAGUGACAGGAACAACUGGACCAGCAAGUAAAGGAUUAGGGACAAUUAGACCAUCUGUUGUAGGAUUAGAGACUACUGAACUAUCAGCUGAAGAAUCAGGGACAACUGGACCACCUAUUGUAGGAGAGACAACUGUACCAUCAGCUGGAGUGACAGUUACAUCUGGAUACUCAGAUAGAGUGACUGGGGCAACUGAACCAUUGGCUGGAGUAACAGGAACCAUUAAACCAUCUGUUGCAGGAUCAGUGACAACUGGACCAUCUGUUACAGGAGUAGAGACAACUGCAAAAACUUCAUCUGGAGGAUUAAGUACAACUAUAUCGUCAGUUGGAGGAACAGGGACCACUGGACAAUCACCUGAAAGAUCAGGGACAACAGGACCAUUUACUGGAUUGACAGGGACAUCUGCACAAUCAGCUGGAGUGACAAUGACAUCUAUCCAAUCAGCUGGAGUGCUAGUAACAACAGGACUAAAUGUUGAUGGCUUAGGGACGACUGGAAAAGCUCUUAUAGGAUCAGGAACAACUGGAUUAUCAGCUGAAGCUACAGGGACAAUUGGACCAUCAACUGAAGGAUUAGAGAAAACUGGACCAUCUAUUACUGGAUCAGGAACAACCAGACCAUUAGUUACAGAAUCAUGGACAGCUGGAACUUCAUCUGGAGGACAUAGUACAACAAGUCCAUCAGUUAGAGGAACAGAGACAAUUGGACAAUCAGCUGCAGAAUCAGUGACAACAGGGCCAGUUACGGGAUACACAGAAACCUCUGGUCCAUCAGCUGGAGUGACAGUGACACCUCGGCAAUCACCUACAGUGACUCAGACAACUGGAUCAUCAGCUGCAAUAUCAGGGACAACUGUACAAUCUCUUACAGUAUCAGGGACCACUAGACCAUCAUCUGGACAAACAGAAAUAACUGGAUCAUCAGUUAAAGAAUCAGGGACAACUGAAUCAUCAGCUGUAAGGUCAGGGACUACUGGACCAACAGCUGGAGUGACAGGUACAAAUGGACCAUCAUCAGCUGGAGUGACAGGGAUAACUGGAUCAUCAGCUGGAGUGACAGGGACAACUGGAUCAUCACCUGGAGUGACAGGGACAACUGGAUCAUCUGCAAGAUCAGGGACAAGUAUACCAUCAGUUGGAAAAACAGGAACAACUAGAAUAUCAGUUGAAGAAUCAAGGACAACUAGACCAUCAGCAGGAAUAACAGGUACAAAUGGACUAUCAGCUGAAGUGACAGGGACAACUGGACCAUUAGCUGGAGUGACAGGGACAACUGGACCAUCAGCUGGAGUGACAAGGACAACUGGACUGUCAGCUGGAGAGACAGGGACAACUGGACUAUCACCUGGAGUGACAGGGACAACAAGAUCAUCAGCUGGGCUAACAGGGAAAACAGGAAUAUCAGCUGGGGUGACAGGGAAAACUAGACUGUCAGCUGAAGUGACAGGGACAACUACACUAUCAGCUGGAGUGACAGGGACAACUGGACCAUCACCUGGAGUAACAGGUACAACUGGAACACCAGCUGGGGUUACAGGGACAACUGAACUGUCAGCUGGAGUGACAGGGAAAACUAGAUCAUCAGCUGGAGUGACAGGGACAACAGGACUAUCAUCUGAAGUGACAGAAACAACCGGAUUAUCAUAUGGGGUGAAAGGGACAACUGGACUAUCAGCUGGGGCGACAGGGACAAUUGGAUCAUCAGCUGGAGUGGCAGGGACAACAAGACUAUCAGCUGGAGUGACAGGGACAAGUGGACAAUCAGCUGGAGUGGCAGGGACAACUACACUGUCAGCUGAAGUGACAGGGACAACUAGACCAUCAGCUGGGGUAACAGGGACAACAGGACUAUCAGCUGAAGUGACAGAGAUAACUGGAAUAUCAGCUGUGGUGACAGGGACAACUGGACCAUCAGCUGGGGUGACAGAGACAACUGGAUCAUCAGCUGGAGUGGCAGGGACAACAAGACUAUCAGCUGGAGUGACAGGGAUAACUGAACUAUCAGCUGGAGUGACAGGGACAACUGGACCGUCAACUGAAGUGACAGGGACAACUGGACCAUCAGCUGGGGCGACAGGGACAACUGGACUAUCAGUUGGAGUGACUGGGAUAACUGGGCUAUCAGAUGUAGUGACAGAGACAACUGGAUCAUCUGCAAGAUCAGGGACAGGUAUACCAUCAGUUGGAGAAACAAGAACAACUAGCACAUCAGUUGAAGAAUCAAGGACAACUAGACCAUCAGCUGGAAUAACGGGUACAAAUGGACUACCAGCUGAAGUGACAGGGACAACUGAACCAUUAGCUGGAGGGACAGGGACAACUGGAAUAUUAGCUGGGGUGACAGGGACAACUGGACUAUCAGCUGGGGAGACAGGGAAAACUGGAUCAUCAGCUGGGGAGACAGGGAAAACUGGAUCAUCAGCAAGAGUGACAGGAAAAACUGGACCAUCAGCAGAAGUAACAGGGAAAACUGGACUAUCAGCUGGAGUGAUGGGGACAACGGGACUAUCACCUGGAGUGACAGGGACAAGUGGAAUAUCAGCUGAAGUGACAGGGACAACUGGCCCAUCAGCUGAAGCUACAGGGCUACCUGGAGUAUCAGCUGGGGUGACAGGGACAAUUGGAUCAUCAGCUGAGGUGACAGGGACAACUGGACUAUCAGCUGGGGUGACAGGGAUAGCUGGACUCUCAGCUGGGGUGACAGGGAUAACUGGACCAUCAGCUGGAGUGACAGGGACAACUACAGUAUCAGCUGGAGUAACAGGGACAACUGGACUAUCAGCUGAAGCAACAGAGAUAACUGGACUAUCAGCUGGGGUGACAGGGACAACUGGACUAUCUGCUGGAGUGACAGAGACAAUUAGUCUAUCAGCUGAGGUGACAGGGACAAUUAGAUCAUCAGCUGGGGUAACAGGGGUAACUGGACUAUCAGCUGGAGUGACAGGGACACCUGGACCAUCAGCUGGUGUGACAGGGUCAACUGGACUAUUAGCUGGGGUGACAGAGACAACUGGACAGUCAGCUAAAGUGACAGGGACAACUGGACAAUCUAUUGGAGUGACAGGGACAACUAGAUCAUCAGGUGGAGUGACAGGGAUAACUGGACUAUCAGCUGGAGUGACAGGGACAAAUGGACUAUCAGCUGUGGUGACAGGGAUGACUGGACUAUCAGCUGAGGUGACAGGGACAACUGGACUAUCAGUUGGGGUGACAGGGAUAGCUGGACUCUCAGCUGGAGUGACAGGGAUAACUGGACCAUCAGCUGGAAUAACAGGGACAAGUACCAUAUCAGCUGGAGUAACAGGGACAACUGGACUAUCAGCUGAAGCAACAGGGAUAACUGGACUAUCGGCUGGGGUGACAGGGAAAACUGGACCAUCUGCUGGAGUGACAGAGACAAUUGGACUAUCAGCUGAAGCAACAGGGACAAUUGGGUCAUCAGCUGGGGUGACAGGGACAACUGGAUCAUCAACUGGGGUGACAGGGAUAACUGGAUUAUCAGCUGGAGUGACAGGGACAACUGGAUUGUCAACUGAAGUGACAGGAACAACUGGACCAUCAGCUGGGGUGACAAGGACUACUGGACUAUCAGCUGGAGUGACUGGGAUAACUGGGCUAUCAGCUAUAGUGACAGAGACAAUUGGAUCAUCCGCAAGAUUAGGGACAAGUAUCCCAUCAGUUGGAGAAACAGGAACAACUAGGACAUCAGUUGAAGAAUCAAGGACAACUAGACCAUCAGCUGGAAUAAUGGGUACGAAUGGACUAUCAACUGAAGUGACAGGGACAAUUGGACCAUUAGCUGGAGGGACAGGGACAACUGUACUAUCAGCUGGGGUGACAGGAACAAUUGGAUCAUCAGCUGUGGUGACAGGGACAACUGGACUAUCAGCUGGAGUCACAGGGACAACUGGACCAUCAGCUGAAGAGACAGGGGCAACUGGACCAGCAGCCAAAGUGACAGGGACAACUGGACCAUCAGCUGGGGUGAAAGGGACAGGUAGACUAUCAGCUGAAGUGACAGGGACAACUGGACCAUCCGCUGGGGUGACAGGGACAGGUAGACUAUCAGCUGAAGUGACAGGGACAACUGGCCCAUCAGCUGAAGUGACAGGGCUAUCUGGAGAAUCAGCUGAGGUGACAGGGACAAUUGGAUCACCAGCUGGAGUGACAGGGACAACUCAGCUAUCAGCUGUGGUGACAGGGAUAAGUGGACUAUCAGCUGAGGUGACAGGGACAACUGGACUAUCAGCUGGGGUGACAGGGAUAACUGGACUAUCAGCUGAGGUGACAAGGACAACUGGACUAUCAGCUGGGGUGACAGGGACAAUUGGACUAUCAGCUGGGGUGACAGGGACAACCAGACCAUCAGCUGGAGUGACAGGGACAACUGGGCAAUCAGCUGAAGUGACAGGGACAACCGAACCAUCAGCUGGAUUGACAGAGACAACUGGAUCAUCAACUGGGGUGACAGGGGCAACUGGACCAUUAGCUGGAGUGACAGGGACAACUGGAAUAUCAACUGAAGUGACAGGGACAACUGGACCAUCAGCUGGGGUGACAGGGACAACUGGACUAUCAGCUGGAGUGACUGGGAUAACUGGGCUAUCAGCUAUAGUGACAGAGACAACUGGAUCAUCUGCAAGAUCAGGGACAAGUACACCAUCAGUUGGAGAAACAGGAACAACUAGAACAUCAGUUGAAGAAUCAAGGACAACUAGACCAUCAGCAGGAAUAACAGGUACAAAUGGACAAUCAGCUGAAGUGACAGGGAUAACUGGACCAUUAGCUGGAGUGACAGGGACACCUGGAAUAUCAGCUGGGGUGACAGGGACAACUGGACUAUCAGCUGGGGUGACAGGGACUAUUGGAUCAUCAGCUGUGGUGACAGGGAUAAAUGGACUAUCAGCAGGAGUGACAGGGACAACUGGACCAUCAGCUGAAGUCACAGGGACAACUGGACCAUCAGGUGGACUGACAGGGACAAGUGGACCAUCAGGUGUAGUGACAGGGACAACUGGCCCAUCAGCUGAAGUGACAGGGACAACUCGGCUAUCAGCUGUGGUGACAGGGAUAAGUGGACUAUCAGCUGAGGUGACAGGGACAACUGGACUAUCAGCUGGGGUGACAGGGAUAGCUGGACUCUCAGUUGGGGUGACAGAGACAAUUGGACUAUCAGCUGGAGUGACAGGGACAAUUGGAUCAUCAGCUGUGGUGACAGGUACAAAUGGACUAUCAGCUGAAGCGACAGGGACAACUGGACUAUCAGCUGUGCUGUCAAGGACAACUGGGCCCUCAGCUGUGGUGACAGAGACAACUGGAUCAACUGGGGUGACAAGCAUAACUGGACUAUCAGCUGGAGUGACAGGGACAACUGGACUGUCGGCUGAAGUGACAGGGACAAUUGGACCAUUAGCUGGAGUGACAGGGACAACUGGAUUAUCAGCUGGGGUGACAGGGACAACUGGACUAUCAGCUAGGGUGACAGAGAGUACUGGAGUAUCAGCUGGGGUGACAGGGACAACUGGACUAUCAGCUGAAGUGACAGGUAUAAAUGGACUAUCAGCAGGAGUGACAGGGACCACUGGACCAUCAGCUGAAGAGACAGGGGCAACUGGACCAUCAGCUGAAGUGACAGGGACAACUGGAACAUCAGCUGAAGAGACAGGGGCAACUGGACCAUCAGCUGAAGUCACAGGGACAACUGGACCAUCAGGUGGAGUGACAGGGACAAAUGGACUAUCAGCUGAAGUGACAGCAACAACUGGCCCAUCAGCUGAAGUGACAGGGCUACCUGGAGUAUCAGCUGGGGUGACAGGGACAAUUGGAUCACCAGCUGCAGUGACAGGGACAAUUCGGCCAUCAGCUGUGGUGACAGGGAUAACUGGACUACCAGCUGAGGUGACAGGGACAACUGGACUAUCAGCUGGGGUGACAGGGAUAGCUGGACUCUCAGCUGGGGUGACAGAGGCAAUUGGAUCAUCAGCUGGGCUGACAGGUACAAAUGGACUAUCAGCUGAAGCAACAGGGACAACUGGACCAUCAGCUGGAGUGACAGGGACAACUGGACUAUCAGCUGGGGUGACAGGGACAGCUGGACUAUCAGCUAGGGUGACAGAGAGUACUGGACUAUCAGCUGGGGUGACAGGGACAACUGGACUAUCAGCUGGGGUGACAGGGAUAGCUGGACUCUCAGCUGGGGUGACAGAGGCAAUUGGAUCAUCAGCUGGGCUGACAGGUACAAAUGGACUAUCAGCUGAAGCAACAGGGACAACUGGACCAUCAGCUGGAGUGACAGGGACAACUGGACUAUCAGCUGGGGUGACAGGGACAGCUGGACUAUCAGCUAGGGUGACAGAGAGUACUGGACUAUCAGCUGGGGUGACAGGGACAAUUGGAUCAUCAGCUGUGGUGACAGGGACAACUGGACUGUCAGCAGGAGUGACAGGGACAACUGUACCAUCAGCUGGAAUAACAGGUACAAAUGGACUAUCAGCUGAAGUGACAGGGACAACUGGACCAUUAGCUGGAGUGACAGGGACAACUGGACUAUCAGCUGGGGUGACAGGGAUAGCUGGGCUCUCAGCUGGGCUAACAGAGAGUACUGGACUAUCAGCUGGGGUGACAGGGACAAUUGGAUCAUCAGCUGUGGUGACAGGUAUAAAUGGACUAUCAGCAGGAGUGACAGGGACCACUGGACCAUCAGCUGAAGAGACAGGGGCAACUGGGCCAUCAGCUGAAGUCACAGGGACAACUGGACCAUCAGGUGGAGUGACAGGGACAAGUGGAAUAUCAGCUGAAGUGACAGGAACAACUGGCCCAUCAGCUGAAGUGACAGGGCUACCUGGAGUAUCAGCUGGGGUGACAGGGACAAUUGGGUCACCAGCUGCAGUGACAGGGACAACUCGGCCAUCAGCUGUGGUGACAAGGAUAACUGGACUAUCAGCUGAGGUGACAGGGACAACUGGACUAUCAGCUGGGGUGACAGAGACAAUUGGAUCAUCAGCUGGGGUGACAGGUACAAAUGGACUAUCAGCUGAAGCAACAGAGACAACCGGACCAUCAGCUCGAGUGACAGGGACAACUGGACUAUCAGCUGGGGUGACAGGGACAACUGGACUAUCAGCUGGGGUGACAGGGAGAAUUAGAUCAUCAGCUGUGGUGACAGGGACAACUGGACUAUCAGCUGGGGUGACAGGGACAACUGGACCAUCAGCUGGAAUAACAGGUACAAAUGGACUAUCAGCUGCGGUGACAGGGACAACUGGACUAUCAGCUAGGGUGACAGAGAGUACUGGACUAUCAGCUGGGGUGACAGGGACAAUUGGAUCAUCAGCUGUGGUGACAGAGACAACUAGACUUUCAGCUGGAGUCACAGGGACAAUUGGACCAUCAGCUGAAGAGACAGGGGCAACUGGACUAUCAGCAGAAGUGACAGGGACAACUGGGCUAUCAGCUGGGGUGACAGGGACAAUUGGAUCAUCAGCUGCGGUGACAGGGACAACUGGACUAUCAGCUGGAAUAACAGGUACAAAUGGACUAUCAGCUGAAGUGACAGGGACAGCUGGACCAUUAGCUGGAGUGACAGGGACAACUGGACUAUCAGCUGGGGUGACAGGGACAACUGGACCAUUAGCUGGAGUGACAGGGACAACUGGCCUAUCAGCUGGGGUGACAGGGACAACUGGACUAUCAGCUGGGGUGACAGAGACAACUGGACAAUCAGCUGGGGUGACAGAGAGUACUGGACUAUCAGCUGGGGUGAUAGGGACAAUUGGAUCAUCGGCUGUGGUGACAGGGAUAAAUGGACUAUUAGCAGGAGUGACAGUGACAACUGGACCAUCAGCUGAAGAGACAGGGGCAACUGGACCAUCAGCUGAAGUCACAGGGACAACUGGACCAUCAGUUGGAGUGACAGGGACAAGUGGACUAUCAGUUGAAGUGACAGGAACAACUGGCCCAUCAGCUGAAGUGACAGGGCUACCCGGAGUAUCAGCUGGGGUGACAGGGACAAUUGGAUCAACAGCUGCAGUGAGAGGGGCAACUCGGCCAUCAGCUGUGGUGACAGAGAUAAGUGGACUAUCAGCUGAGGUGACAGGGACAACUGGACUAUCAGCUGGGGUGACAGGGAUAGCUGGACUCUCAGCUGGGGUGACAGACACAAUUGGAUCAUCAGCUGGGGUGACAGGUACAAAUGGACUAUCAGCUGAAGCAACAGGGACAACUGGACCAUCAGCUGGAGUGACAGGGACAACUGGACUAUCAGCUGUGGUGACAGGGACAACUGGACUAUCUGCUGGGGUGACAGAGACAAUUGGACUAUCAGCUGGGGUGACAGGGACUAUUGGAUCAUCAGCUGGAGUGACAGGGACAACUGGACCAUCAGCUGCUGUGACUGGGUCAGCUGGACUAUCAACUGGGGUGACAGGGACAACUGGACAGUCAGCUGAAGUGACAGGGGCAACUGGACAAUCUGUUGGAGUGACAGGGACAACUAGAUCAUCAGGUGGAGUGACAGGGAUAACUGGACUAUCAGCAGGAUUGAGAGGGACAACUGUUUCAUCUGCAAAAUUAGGGACAAAUAUACCAUUGACUGGAAAAACAGGAACAACUAGAACAUCAGUUGAAGAAUCAACAACAACUGGACCAUCAGCUGGAAUAACAGGUACAAAUGGACUAUCAGCUGAAACGACAGGGACAAAUGAACUAUCAGCUGGGGUGACAGGGACAAUUGGAUCAUCAGCUGGAGUGACAGGGACAACUGGACUGUCAGUUGAAGCAACAGUGAGAACUGGACUAUCAGCUGGAGUGACAGGGACAACUGUCCCAUUGGCUGGGGUAACAGGGACAACCGAACCAUCCGCUGGAGUGACAGGAAUAGCUGCACUAUCUGCUGGAGUGACAGGGAAAACUGGACUAUCAGCUGGAGUGACAGGGAAAACAGGACUAUCAGCUGGAGUGACAGGGACAACUGGACCGUCAGCUGAAGCAACAGGGAAAACUGGACUAUCAGCUGGAGUGACAGGGAUCACUGGACCAUUUGCUGAAGUGACAGGGACAACUGGAUUAUCAGCUGGGGUGACAGGGACCACUGGAUCAUCAGCUGAAGUGACAGGAAUAACUGGACUAUCAGCUGGGGUGACAGGGAAAACUAGAUCAUCAGCUGGGGUAACAGGGACAACUGGAUUAUCUGCAAAAUCUGGGACAAGUAUACCAUCAGCUGCAAAAACAGGAACAACCAAAACAUCAGUUGAAGAAUCAAGGACAACUAGACCAUCAGCUGGAAUAACAGCUACAACUGGAGUGCCUGCUGCAACUUCCCCAGGAGCUGAAGGUGAAAGCAUAGCUUCCACGUCAGUUGCCACGGGAGCCAUCCCUCGGUCAACAAUUGCACCAGGAAGUACCACUACUGGUACCGCUGGGGUAACCACUGGCACAACUCUUGCCCCUAGAAGUUUCAACAUAGGAACUUCUGGUGGAAUUUCUGGGAAAACCCUCAAACCUGGAAGUUAUGUCUCAGAGGCUACAACUGCUACAGGGACUCCUGGAGCAGGACCGUCAGGAGGCACCACUAUCAUUUCUCCUGAAGUCAGUACCAUUUCAGAAGUUUCCAACACAGGUAUCACUGGAGUAGGCUCUGAGACAUCUGUUGAAACAGGAAUUUCCAACACAGCUACGACUGGGGUGGCUCCUGGCACAACCCUUGCCCCUGGCAGUUCCAGUACAGAGGCCACAACUUCCAUAGGAGGAAGUGCAUCAACAAGAGGAGGAAUAGCCACAGAAGCCACAGGUUCCACAAGAAGGGUCAGGACCACUGGAUCAGAAGCUCCAGAAGGUACUUCUGGAGAAUUCUCUGGGACAACCAUUUCAUCUGGAGGCUUCCACACAGAAGCCACAACUCUCACAGGAGGUAGGGGCAGUAUUGGAACUGAAUCCAGAGCAGAGUCCACAACUUCCCUACAAGAAAGUGCAAAAACAAGAGGUGGAAUACUGACAGAGGCCACAAGUUCCACAGGAAGGAUCAGGGCGACCGGAUCAGAAGCUCCAGGAGGUACCUCCGGUAAAUUCUCUGGGACAACCAUUUCAUCUGGAGGUUCCCACACAGAGGCCACAACUCUCGCAGGUGGCAGGGACAGCACUGAAAGUGAAUUCAGAACAGCCACCAUUGGAGUAGUUCCUGCUACAACUGUUGCUCCUGGCAGUUCCAAGACAGAGGCCACCACUUUCCUAGGAGUAAGUGGAACAAUAAGUGUUGGAAGAGCCACGGGUAUUACCGUUGUAGUCUCUGGAAAAACACUGAAACCUGGAAGUUACAAGACAGGGGCCACAACUUCCAUAACAGGGAGUGACACCAGCCAAGCAGAGCAUCCAGGAGGUACUUCUGGUGAAUUCCCAGGAACAACCAUUACAUCUGGAGAUUCCCACACAGAGGCCACAGCUCUAACAGGAAGCAGGGGCAGUAUUGGAACUGAAUCCACAGUAGAGACCACAACAUACAUUGGAGAAAGUGGGACCACAAGAGGUGGAUUAGCCACAGCUACCACUGGGGCAUUCUCUGGAAAGACUCUGGAACCUGGGAAUGACAACACAGAGGCCACAGGUUCCACAGGAGGGAUCAGGGCCACCAGAACAGAAGCUCCAGGAGGUACCUCUGGCGAAUUCCCAGGGACAACAUUUACAUCUGGAGGUUCCCACACAGAGGCCACAACUUUCACAGGAGGCAAGGGCAGUACUGGAACUGAAUCCAGAGCAGCCACCACUAGGGCAGCUCCUGGCACAACUCUUGUCCCUGGCAGUUCCAAUACAGGGGCCACAGCUUCCCCAGGUGGAAGUGCAACGACAAGAGGUAGAAUAACCACCGCUACCACUGGGGCUUUCUCUGGAAAGACUCUGGAAUCUGAGAAUGACAACACAGAGGCCACAAGUUCCACCAGAGGGGUCAGGACCACCGUGUCAGAAGCUCCAGGAGGUACUUCUGGUGAAUUCCCUGGGACAAGAAUUACAUCUGGAGGUUCCUACACAGUGGCCACAACUUUAACAGGAGGCAAGGGCAGUACUGGAACUGAAUCCAGAGCAGCCACCACCAGGGCAGCUCCUGGCACAACUCUUGCCCCUGGCAGUUCCAACACGGGGGCCACAGCUUCCCUAGGUGGAAGUGCAUUGACAAGAGGUAGAAUAACCACCGCUACCACUGGGGCUUUCUCUGGAAAGACUCUGGAACCUGGGAACAACAACACAGAGGCCACAAGUUCCACCAGAGGGAUCAGGACCACCAGAUCAGAAGCUCCAGGAGGGACUUCCGGUAAAUUCUCUGGGACAACCGUUUUAUUGGGAGGUUCCAGCACAGAGGCCACAACUCUCACAGGAGACAGGAGCAGUACCGGAAGUGAAUCCAGAACAGCCACCACUGGAGUAGCUCCUGGCACAACUGUUGCCCCUGGCAGUUCCAAGACAGAGGCCACCACUUUCCUAGGAGUAAGUGGAACAACAAGCAUUGGAAGAGCCACGGGUGCCGCAACUUCCAUAGUAGGGAGUGACACCAGCCAAGCAGAACGUCCAGGAGGUACAACUGUGGUUUCACCUGGAGCCAGCAGCAGUUCACAGAGCUCCAGGCCAGGCACCUCUGUCACACCAGAGAGUUCAGCAUCUGAAAGUGAAACAGGCACCCCUGCAGCCUCAGGAGGCCAAGCAACUGGGAGCCUGACAGCCACCACUGGGGUAGCUCCUGGCACAACUGUUGCACCUGGCAAUUCCAACACAGAGGCCACAACUUCUGUAGGAGAAAGAGAAACAACAAAAGCUGAAAUAAUCACAGGUACUACUGAGGGCAUCUCUGGGAAAACUCUGGAAGCUGGAAGUGCCCACACAGAGGCCACAACUUUCCCAGGAGGCAGCGGGACUACCCGAGCAGGAUCACCUGGAGGUGACACUGGAGAAUUAUCUGGAACAACCAUUAUAUCUGAAAAUUCCACCACAGCAGGCAUCACUGCAGCAACAGGGAAGCAAGCAGGCACCUCGGAGUUAGCUCCUGCCACAACAGUUGCCCCAGGAAGUUUCAGCACAGCAGCCACAACUUCUCCUGGAGCAAGUGGAAUGACUGGGGUUACAACAACUACAAAGACCACAACUUCCCUAGGAGGAAGUGGCACCACUGGAGCAGAAAUAAAAUCAGCCACCACUGGAGCACCAGGAAGUAGGACAGGCACAACUGGAGUGCCCUCUGCUACAACAGUCUCCCCUGGGAGCUCCAACUCAGAGGCCACAACUUCUGUAGGAGAAAGUGGAAAAACAGGAGCUGAAACAAUCACAGGUACUACUGAGGGCAUCUCUGGCAGAACUCUGGAGGCUAAAAGUGCCCACACAGAGGCCACAACUUUCCCAGGAGGCAGUGGAACCACCCAAGCAGGACCACCCGGAGUUACCACUGGAGAAUUGUCUGGAACGAACUUUAUAUCUGGAAGUUCUAACACAGAGGCCACCACUUCCACAGAACGGACUGGUACUUCUGGAACUGGAUUCAAAACUGGCACCUCAGAGGUAGCUCCUGCCACAACAGUUGCCCCAGGAAGUUUCAGCACAGCAGCCACAACUUCUCCUGGAGCAAGUGGAAUGACUGGGGUUGCAACAACUACAAAGACCACAACUUCCCUAGGAGGAAGUGGCACCACUGGAGCAGAAAUAAAAUUAGUAGGAACCACCACUACAGCACCAGAAAGUAGGACAGCUGGAGUGCCCUCUGGCACAAGAGUCACCCCUGGGAGCUCCAACUCAGAGGCCACAACUUCUGUAGAAGAAAGCAGAAUAACAAGAGCUGAAGUAAUCACAGAGGCCACAACUUUCUCAGGAGGCAGCGGGGCCACCCAAGCAGGAUUACCCAGAGGUACCACUGGAGAAUUUUCUGGAACGACCAUUAUAUCUGGAAGUUCUAACACAGAGGCCACCACUUCCACAGAAGGGACAGGUACUUCUGGAACUGGAUUCAAAAUUGCAGGCAUCACUUCUGCCCCAGGGAAACAAGCAGGCACCUCUGGGGUAUCUCUUGCCACAACAGUUGCCCCUGGAAGUUUCAGCACAGCAGCCACAACUUCUUCUGGAGCAAGUGGAAUAACUGGGGCUGGCCCCACCUCAGAGACCAAAACUUCCCUAGGAGGAAGUGGUACCACUGGAGCAGAAAUAAAAUCAGCUGCAGUGCCCUCUGGUACAACAGUUGCCCCUGGGAGCUCCAACUCAGAAGCCACAACUUCUGUAGGAGAAAAUGGAAAAACAAGAGGUGAAAUAAUCACAGGUACUACCGAGGGCACCUCUGGCAAAGUUCUGGAACCUGGAAGUGCCCACACAGAGGCCACAACUUUCCCAGGAGGCAGUGGGAUUACCCGAGCAGGACUGCCAGGAGGUACCACUGGAGAAUUGUCUAGAACAACCAUUAUACCUGGAAGUUCUAACACAGAGGCCACGACUUCCACAAAAGGGACUGGUACUUCUGGAACUGGCUUCAAAACUGGCACCUCUCGGGUGGCACCUGGCACAACAGUUUCCCCUGGAAGUUUCAGCACAGCCACAAUUUCCCCUGGAGCAAGUAGAACGACUGGGGCUGGACCUGCUGCAGAAACCACAACUUCCCUAGAAGGAGGUGGCACCACUGGAGCAGAAAUGAAAUCAGGAGCCACCUCCAGAGUACCGGGAAGUAAGACAGGCACAGCUGGAGUGCCCUCUGCUACAACAAUUGCCCCUGGGAGCUCCAACUCAGAGGCCACGACUUCUUUAGGAGAAAGUGGAAAAACAAGAGCUGAAACAAUCACAGGUACUACUGAGGGUAAAACUCUGGCAGCUGGAAGUGCCCACACAGAGGCCACAACUUUCUCAGGAGGCAGUGGGACCACCCGAGCAGGACCACCGGGCGGCACUUCUGGCACAUCAGGAGGAUAUGUCCCUGGAAGGGAAACAGAGCCCACAACUUCCAUUGAAGAAACUGGAACUUCCAGAACUAUAUUCAAAACUGUAGGCAUCACUUCAGCCCCAGGGAGGCAAGCAGGCACCUCUGUGGUGGCGCCUAGCACAACAGUUGCCCCUGGAAGUUUCAGCACAGCAGCCACAACUUCUCCUGGAGCAAGUGGAAUGACUGGGGUUAGAACCACUUCAAAGACUACAACUUCCCUAGGUGGAACUGGCACCACUAGAACUGAAAUAAAAUCAGGAGCCACCACUGGAACACCAGGAAUUAAGACAGAUAUCAUGGGAGAAUCUUCUAGAACGACCAUUCUAUCUGGAAGUUCUAACACAGAGGCCACAAAUUCCAUUGAAGAGACUGGUACUUCUGGAACUGGAUUCAAAACCGCAGGCAUCACUGCAGCACCAGGAAAGCAAGCAGGCACCUCUGGGGUGGCACCUGGCACAACAGUUGCCCCUGGAAGUUUCAGCACAGCAGCUACAACUUCUCCUGGAGCAAGUGGAGUGACUGGCACUGGACCCACUGCAGAGACCACAACUUUCCUAGGAGGAAGUAGCACCACUGGAGCAGAAAUAAAAUCAGGAGCCACCACUGGAGCACCAGGAAGUAAGACAGGCACAGCUAAAGUGCUCUCUGGUACGACAGUUGCCCCUGGGAGCUCCAACUCAGAGGCUACAACUUUCUCUGGAAUCACUGAAGCAGUAACAGUCCCAAGAUCUAUGACCACUGCACUGGGGAGCCAACUCUCCAGCAGUCAAACAGUGAUUCCAGGUUCCAGUGGCAUCAUCUCUCACACAACUGUUGCACCUGGAAGUUCUGUUACAGGAACCACCACUGGUGCAUCAGAUGAUCAAGUCACUGGAAGUAAAACAGGCACUACUGGUGUGGCCUUAAGCACAACUGUUGCACCUGGAAGUUCCAGCACAGAAGCCACAACUUCCACAGGAGUCCAUAGAACCACUGUAGUGGGACGGAAGACAGGAGCUACCACUAGAGGGUCAGCAAAGCAAGGAACUAGAAGCACAAUAGAAGCUAUGACGUCCUUUAGAGGCACUGGGAUGACAGGAAGUGGAAUGAAUACAGGUACUACUGGAGUGGUCUCUGGCAACACCAUCUCACCUAGCAGUUUCAACACAGAAGCUACCAGUGGCACAUCUGAGAGGCCAAACCCUGGAAGUGAAAUAGGCACCACUGGCAUAGUCUCUGGCACAACAGUUGCACCUGGAAGUUCCAACACAGAAGCCACAACUUCUUUGGGCAAUGGUGGAACCACUGAGGCUGGAAGUAAAAUAGUUACCACUGGGAUAACUACUGGCACGACCAUUGUACCUGGGAGUUUCAACACAAAGGCUACGACUUCUACAGACUUUGGAGUUGCCACUGGAGUUGGAAUGGCAACUGGGAUCACCAACAUAAUUUCAGGGAGAAGCCAACCUACAGGAAGUAAAACAGGCUACACUGUAACAGGCUCUGGAACAACAGCCUUACCUGGAGGUUUCAGAACAGAGGCCACAACUUUUAAAGGUGAUGUUGGAACCACUGAAGCAGAAAUUUCAUCAGGCAAUACCCCAGGAUCAACGGGAGUCACCAGCAGCCAAGAAGGAACCACUGUGGUAUCAAGUGGAAUCACUGGAAUCCCAGAAACUUCCAUCUCAGGUCCUUCCAAGGAAGCAUCUGACAAAACCACUGCUCCUGGACCUCCUACUACAGUCACUGCUUCCACAGGAGUCAAAGAAACUUCUGAAACUGGAGUGCAAACAGGCUCUACCUUGGUUACAGCUGGAAUGACAACAAGACCACAAGUAUCCCAGCCAGAAACCACUGUCGUGGCAACCAGAGAAGUAGAAACUGAAAAUAAAACAGAAUGUCUAGCCUCACUUCCACCAGCUCCAGUUUGUCACGGUCCAUUGGGAGAAGAGAAAUCUCCUGGAGACAUAUGGACUGCCAAUUGCCACAGAUGUACCUGUACUGAUGCAAAGACUAUAGACUGUAAACCUGAGGAGUGCCCUUCUCCACCCACAUGCAAAACCGGCGAGAAGCUUGUGAAGUUCCAAUCUAAUGACACCUGCUGUGAAAUCGGAUACUGUGAACCAAGAACAUGUUUAUUUAACAAUACUGACUAUGAGAUUGGUGCUUCAUUCGAUGACCCCAGCAACCCCUGUGUCUCCUACUCCUGCAAAGACACUGGCUUUGCUGCAGUAGUCCAGGACUGCCCAAAGCAAACCUGGUGUGCAGAAGAAGACAGAAUCUAUGAUUCAAAAAAAUGUUGCUAUACAUGUAAGAAUAAUUGCAGAUCUUCCGUUGUAAAUGUGACUGUUAUCUACAGUGGUUGCAAGAAAAGAGUUCAGAUGGCAAAAUGCACAGGGGAAUGUGAAAAGACUGCCAAGUACAAUUAUGAUAUCUUACUCUUGGAACAUUCAUGCCUUUGCUGCCGAGAAGAAAACUAUGAACUCAGAGACAUUGUACUUGACUGUCCUGAUGGCAGUACAAUCCCUUACCAAUACAAGCAUAUCACGACCUGCUCUUGUUUAGACAUAUGCCAACCAUAUACGACCUUCAUGUACAGUUAAUGCUGACAUCACCUUCCCAGUUUUAACAGGCCUGGUAUUUAUUUUAUAAGUGAGGAAAAAUAAUCAUUUAAAAAGUGAGAAUAAACUAAACAAUGUGAGAAUAACUCAAAACAA